AUGAAGUCAUUGGUUUUAUGUUUGUUGGUGGUAGCCUGUCACUGCUCGACAGUACGGCAACAGCUUCGGUUCCCUGAUGACUUCCUUUUCGGAGCCGCUACAGCCGCUUACCAGAUCGAAGGGGCAUGGAACGAAGAUGGCAAGGGUGAAAGCAUCUGGGACAGACUGGUCCAUACCAACCCUGCAAUCGUACAAGACUUAACCAACGGUGACGUCGCUGCUGACUCCUACCACAACUACAAGCGUGAUGUCGAGAUGAUGAGAGAGUUAGGCCUGGAUGCUUACAGGUUCUCCCUCUCCUGGGCUCGGAUCCUUCCUACAGGCAUGGCCAAUGAGGUCAACCCAGCUGGCGUAGCUUACUAUAAUAACCUUAUCAACGAGAUGGUGAAAUACAACAUCACCCCAAUGGUCACCCUCUACCACUGGGAUCUUCCCCAAAAACUGCAAGACUUGGGGGGAUUUAUGAACCCCUUGUUUGUUGAUUGGUAUGAAGACUACGCGAGGGUCGUCUUCGAGAACUUUGGUGAUAGGGCUAAGCUGUUUAUCACAUUUAACGAACCUAGUCAAAUCUGUUUUGAAGGUCUUGAAUAUAUGAACAAAGCUCCCCUUCUGAAUACUUCUGGUGUCGGAGUUUACUUAUGUGCUAAGCACUUGGUCUUGGCUCAUGCAAAAGCCUGCCAUUUGUAUAACAAAGAUUUCAAACCAAGCCAUGGAGGUCAGUGUGGUAUUACAAUCAGUGUGAACUGGUUUGAAGCAGAUACUGACGCUGCUGAAGAUUUGGAAGCUGCUGAACUGAUGAGGCAAUCUCAGUGGGGAAUCUACGCUGAUCCAAUAUUUUCGGCUGAAGGUGGUCUUCCAAAGGAACUUUUGGCUAGAGUAACCGAAAAUAGUGCACAGCAGAGAUUCUCUCGGUCUCGUCUGACAGAUUUUACUGAAGAAGAAAAAGCCUUUAUUAAGGGUUCAGCAGAUUUCUUCGGUGUAAACCAUUACACGACGGUGAAAGUUUCAGCUACUAAACAUAAGCAGUUCUAUUCAGCGCCAUCUAUGUUGGAUGAUGUGAAUGUUGGCUUCUAUUGGCCUGAGGAAAAUCCACCAUCGGCUUCUCCUUGGUUGAGUAUGGCUCCCAACAGCAUGUACCACGCUUUAUCUCACCUAAAAGAAAAAUACAACAAUCCUGCCAUUUAUAUCACAGAAAAUGGAUGGGCCACUUACCCCAACAGCAGCCUGAUUGAUGAUGACAGGAUUACAUACUACAGAGCUGCGUGGGAGAGUGCCCUCAAUGCUCUGGAUGCUGGAGUCAACCUGAAGGGGUACAUGGUGUGGAGUUUGUUGGAUAACAUGGAAUGGCUGGAGGGUUACAUACCCUGUUUCGGCCUGUACCAAGUAGACUACCAAGAUCCAGCUCGCACACGCACCGCUAGGAAGUCCGCGUUUGUCUACAAGCACCUCAUCAAGAAUCACUACAUCGAUUACGAAUAUGAACCGGAGUCUUUAACUAUGACUAUUGAUGACGGAUUUUAAUAAAAACAAAUGAUUCUUCUAGUCAAUAAAUUUAUUUUCUUUACCUAUCAUAGAUUUGAUAAGAUUUGAAAAUCUUACACACCUAAUAUUGUAC